CUUCCGUGCAAGUGGAGACGUUGAUACCUCUCAGGGUCGGGUCAGCAAUUGACCCGAUUGCAUAUUCCCGGCGCAAUAACGUGAUUCGAUCACCUGACAUUCCGGAAGUCGAACCCCGUCAGAACCGACUGAAAAGCUAGAAACAGCCAAAACCGCAUUUUAAAUUUACUUUUCACUUAUCAAAAAAUAACAACUGGUCGAAAGUUAUUAAAGCGUGUGGUCGCUAUGAUCGCGUGUGAUUUUGGACAUUGAACCAUGGAAAAUAGGGACCGUCCCCAGCUCAAUGACAACGCAUGUACUUGGUGCCGGCGCAGGAAACUGAAAUGUGAUAGGAACCAACCUCGUUGUGGCCUGUGCUUACGUCUAGGAAAAGACUGUAUCUACAAGGCAAUGAGCAAGAGGAGUAGUCCGAAGCGGAAGCUCUUACAAGACCUAGACAUUCGCCUGACCAAAAUUGAAGAGCUUCUCAAAGAGAAGCACUACUGCCCUGAGCUACAAUUGUCCUCUUCGUCAUCUUUGCCUGAGAAUCAGCAUAAUAUCCCUCUAUCUGGACACUUCGACUUCCCUUUAUCACAGUCACCGCGGUUUGAAAGUUCUUUGUUCGAUCCCACGCAACAUUUUGCAAACGGAAUAGAAGCUUGCCUGGCCAGCCAUACACACUUUAAGGUGAUUUCUGGCACUCCGGGCGCUUCUCACUCGAAAUCUGUCGGCUCGGGUUCGGGAGAGCAGCUUCCCUCCAAAGACCUGAUUCGUGCGCUGGACAAUAUAUUCUUUGAAAAGGUUUAUCCGUCGAUACCUAUUAUUCAUCCUCGCCGCUUCUUUGUCAACUCAAGUCUCUCAGCCUCUUCACGCCCAUCGCUUGCCUUGCGAUAUAUGAUAUGGUGCCAUGCAGCAUUAUCUUCUGAUCGAUACUACUCAUUGCAUGGUGAAUUCUAUCAAUGCGCUCGCAAGUAUGUUGAACUUGGCGAGACUACGGAAAGCUUUGGGCAGAGCAUCGUCACAAUGUCCCAAUGCCAAGCAUCGAUACUAUUAUCUAUCUACGAGUUUCGAUUGCUAUUUAUCCCCCGGGCAUGGGUCAGUAUAGGUAAAACCUCCAAUCUCAUAUUGACUGCUGGUCUCAAUCAAUUGGACGGGCCAACUCAAGAUGUCACAAUGUGUAUUCCUCCUCCAAAAGAUUGGGUUGAAAGAGAAGAACGCCGAAGAAUAUUUUGGAUGGCGUUUUGUAUAGAUUCGUACGCAAGCAUUGGGACCGGACGUCCUAUGACUAUUGAUGAGACCUCGAUUAUAACUACCCUUCCCGCUUCUGAGCAGUCUUUCCUUGAAUGCAAGCCAGAACGCACCCUUCAAUUAUGCGAGAUCUUUGCCGGUGACGGUGCAUCCACAUUGUCUUCUUUCGCUUACGUUUGUGUCGCGGCCAGCUUGCUUAAGCGUAGCUGUCCACGUAACCGCCGAAUGCCAGAACAAGGGAAUGAUGGCGGCGUGAGCGAGCCCGCUAGGCAACAGCCUCAGAUUUAUGAUGAAAUUCUCAUCCCCAUCUUUCAACAUCUUCCCGGGCACUUUCGACUACCCAGCAGUAUGAAUGAUGUGAAUGUCUUUUUUUCUAAUCUGUGCGUCCAUGCUUCCACGAUUUGGUACCAUCAAGAAGCAGUCAUCCUGGGUAAAACAUGCCAGGUGCUGGAUUGGUAUAAGAUGGAAAACAACCAGCGUUGUUUGUUAGCGGCGAGUCAAAUAGUUAGCCUCACACGAGUAAUCCGGGAUUUGGACCCGUCAAAGUGCAACACCUUCAUACCAUUUCCCUUGUUUCUGGCAGCAAGGGUUUUUGUGCAACACUUAAGAUCUCAGCCGGAUAAUCCAACUAUCAGAUCAUUGCUACAAUAUAUUGUAUCAAUUCUGAACCUCAUGAAGGGAAGGCAUCCUCUAGCUGGACUGUUCCUCCGUGAACUGGAUGUCUCCAUUGUACCGGCUUCUGGGCAACAAUAGAGCAGCUUCGUCACAAUCCAAUCAGAAUUGAACAUAACGUUGCAAAGCAAAUUCAAUGGUCUGUUUUCUACUGUGAUAUGCUUUGAUUUCUCAACCAAAGUCUAAAUGCUUGGAAAUACUGCAAGUUACACGCCUGCUUUUAAACCACUUUGCGCUUUCAGAGCGCCAAACCCCCGGGCAGGCUCUACCACCCUUGAGAUUUUACACACCGCUUUGGGUCUCCUAUUAUUCUUGUCAUUCGAAUGGAGUCUUUUCCAAAUUAAAGCCAGGGUGAGAUCCAGGAUCAACUGGUGCCAUUACACGAAAUUAUUAAGACUGGGAGAAGGAAAAAGAGAAAAAUACGUCAUGUAUCCCAAGAAGAAACCACUAUCUAAUCAUCCCGAUCUAGUUCUCGCCAAACCCUUAGAAAAGGCUAUACACCACUUCAUCCUCCCAUUCAGUACGUUGGCGGCCAACCUCAUUCUCAAGCACAUUUCCAGCAUUAUUGUGCAGUGGUUGGUCGUCAUAGUCGAAAGGACAAUCAUCAUCGGGAA